AUGAGGGAGCAAGAGAUUGGGGGGGGGUCUGUACCACAGGUCGCUGGUGGCACCUUAAUUGGGGAGGACGGGCUCAUAGAAUGGCUGGAACGGAAUGAAUGGAAUGGUAUCAAACACAUCAAAAACAUGGUCUGAUAGCAUUAUUAUGAGCCGUCCUCCCCUCACUAGCCUCCUGUGGUCUGUACAAAGGUGGAGAGGGGCAAAGAGAUAGAGAUUGUGGAAAGGGAAGCAGGUUGACGUCUAUUAGGAUGAAUCUUGUCCUGGAGGCAGAGCUGAGUGAUUUCCACUAGAUGGGCCAGGAGUCAAAAUCGGAGGGGGGAGGGCUUUGCUGCCUGCUUGCUUCCCUCCCUUCACUAUUUUUUAUUUUCCAUUAGAUUUAAAUGCUCUAUCUCUCAUGUCCAUCACAGACUUGGAGACUACAAAAGAAAAAGCAGACUGUCUGUAGUUGGCUUAUCUGUUAUGGGGGGGGGGGAUAUGGGGAGGUUCAUGGACAGAGAGAAUUUAGAAAACUGGCCAUCUUUUGGGUGAUGGAAAUGGUGUUCAAUAAUUUAUAGUGAAUUUACACAUCACUGACAGUUUUUUCCCUGCUGCGCGCAAAUAAAUAGGUGUUGCAGGCUCACACGGCACAACACCGUGGAGAGUGUGUGUGUGUGCCUGUCUGUGUGAGUGUGACUGUGUGAGACAAAAUGUGUCUCUGUCUGUGUGUGUUUGCAUUUUUCUGUCUAGCCUGUAUGUGUGUCCAACGUCUUGAAAAAUAACAAAGCCAGACGUUCUUUAGCCUGAGUCCCUCGUCUUGACAGAAACCAACUGCUGUCUGCCAUCCUCCCUACACAUUAAAAACCGAUCACCCUUAAAACCAUACAAAACCAGAGAAACGUCAACAGGCCUGUCGUCAUUAGCAGACCACCUAUAGACGUCAAACCCAAUAGAGGAUAAUAGAUAAUAGUAGAUAGAUAAACAUUGACAAUAAUAGACCCGUCAAUGACUCCACCAGCUUCAAAGACUAUUCAUUAGGCCUAUUUUGGCAUUAUACAAAUAAAGCCACAUUUACAACAAUACAGGAGCAGCUGUAUGAAUAGUCAUUGAUGGAAGUUGGAACGCCCAUCCACAGGUGGAGGUAUAAAGAGUUGACUGACUGUCACUUAGUGCCGCCGCUUUGAAGUUUUACACUAAGGAAACAAAGCAUGACCACAUGACAUACUGUACGUAGGACUAUUUUGACCAUGUAUACGCUAAGAUUUUUUUAAAUUAUUUGCAACAUUCCUAUUAGGUACUUAGUGAUAACAUGGGUGGCGCAGUGGUCUAAGGCACUGCAUCGCAGUGCUAACUGUGCCACUAGAGAUCCUGGUUCGAAUCCAGGCUCUGUCGCAGACGGCCGCGACCGGGAGACUCAUGGGCGGCGCACAAUUGGCCCAGCGUCGUCCAGGGUAGGGGAGGGAAUGGCCGGCAGGGAUGUAGCUCAGUUAAUAGAGCAUGGUGUUUGCAAAGCCUGGGUUGUGGGUUCGAUUCCCACGGGGGGCCAGUAUAAAAAAAUAUGUGUUCACUAACUGUAAGUCGCUCUGAAUAAGAGCGUCUGCUAAAUGACUAAAAUUUAAAUGUAAUGGUAAAUACCCAUCAAUUUAUGAUAGUAAGAGAUAGAUUUUGAUACCUCAAACACUAGAAUUGGGUCUACUUUAAUUCAUGUCAGCAGCAUACCACCCUGCAUCCCACUGUUGGCUUCCCUCUGAAGCUAAGGAGGGUUGGUCCUGGUCGGUCCCUGGAUGGUAGGGCCAGUAGGAGGCACUCUUUCUUCUGGUCAAAAAAUAAUAAUAAUAUCCCAAUGCCCCAGGGCAGUGAUUGGAGACAUUGCCCUGUCUAGGGUGCUGUCUUUUGGAUGGGACGUUAAACGGGGUCACUAAAGAUCCCAUGGCACUUAUUGUAAGAGUAGGGGUGUUAAUCCCGGUGUCCUGGCAAAAUUCCCAUACCAUCAUGGUCACAUAAUCAUCCCCAGCUUCCAAUUGGUUAAUUCAUCCCCCCUUCUCUCCGCUUUAACUAUUGCCCAGGUCGUUGCUGUAAAUGAGAAUGUGUUCUCAGUCAAUUUACCUGUUAAAAAAGAAAUCAAAUAUAAAUGGGUCAAGUCCACUUAUAAGUCAAGCAUUGUAAACUGAAACAAAAAGAUACACAAUGAACUUCGAUUCACUUCCUGACUCGACAUGGAGUUGACCCCAACAUUAACGACUACACACAGAAAAUAGACUGGCUGUGUUUUAUGGAAACAUCUCAAGAUAAAGCUACGAUUCAUUCCGAUUCUCAUUUCAUAAGUAACAACUGUGGUCGUUUGAACCUAGUGGACUCUCUCUCUCUCUCUUUCCCCCCCAUUUGAUUGCGUCAGCUACUCCACCAACCAGAGCCAGUGCUCAUAAAGCAUCUCAGAGUAGGAGUACUGAUCUACAGUAGGCCUAGGAUCAGUUUUGCCUUAAAUGUCAUAAUGAGUAAGAUUACAUGACCUGAUCCUAGAUCUGCGCUCCUGCUGCUUAUUUAAUAGAGACAUUGCACAAUAAACAACAACUCAGUCAAUAUAGAUGUGUGCAGACAUCGGAGAAGCAGAGAAAGGAAUAGUACAGGAGGAGAGAAGAGGAGGGAGGACAAAAAUAAAGUAUGUGAUGGGCACGAAGCAGAUGUGUUGUUCUGUAGGGGUCAUCAACAUGAGUCAUUCAUCUUGGAGGGAGGGAGGGGGAGAGAGAGAGAGAGCUCCAAAAAGACAGGAAGAGCAGUAAUAACGAGCUGACCACACUAAGAGAGGAGCUGCAGGAGGGAAAGAGAACAGAAGACAGGCUGCAGGAGCAGUUAGAGCCCCUCUCUGUGACCUGCCCUCACACAGCAGAGGAGCCCACCCCAACCAGCCAGGCCUGCUGCACGCCUCCCUCCAGCUCACAGAACAGCCUCCCACUAACAGCCACCAGCCCUGACUCUACCCCCUCCAGUCGAGAAGACACACUGGCUGACAUCGUCCUGUUGAUGGACUCAAAUGGGAAGUUUGUUCAGGAGAAUAAACUUUUCCCUCGACACAAAACGAGAAAGGUGUGGUGCCCAACAAUGCAGAGUGCCAUGGAGCUGCUUGAUAAGGCCCAGCUCGGUCGCCAAGCCACAUAAUCAUACACACCUGGCCCACCAUCCCACCCUCCCUCUGGACUGUCUCUAUGACCAUGUUCACCUGUACAGGGUGAACUCUCAAGGACGUCGCUUUAAACCGCAGCCCGAACUCACCACCCAGGAACAGCGGCGCAAUCUCCACCCCCCCCCCGAGAUCACCGAGACAAAACCCCGGAAGAGCACCCUGGACCACCCAACCACGGCCACAGCACCACCAACCUCAACGCCCACCACAGCCAGUGCAACAAAGACACCCCAGCCCAGCUUCAGACCCACCCAGAUGAGGCCUACUGUACCAUCCCCCUCCCCCAGCCCAGCUUCAGACCCACCCAGAUGAGGCGUACUGUACCAUCCCCCUCCCCCAGCCCAGCUUCAGACCCGCCCAGACGAGCCCUACUGUACCAUCCCCCUCCCCUCCACCUGGAGGAUCCACAUCCCGGCAGACAGAGCUAA